GAGUCUAAACCAUCUUGUACAAUUGGAACGGCCUCUCCAAAAACAUCUAAAAUAAAAAUUAAAGCACCAAAACACGGCCUGGUGGUCUAGUAGUAUGAUUCCUUCUUAGGGCCGUUCGGCGUCUGGAGGAGGUCCCGGGUUCAAUUCCCGGCCAGGCCCUUCAUUUUAUCCUGCAUUUUCCAUUGCAGGUCACGUAUGAGACAUCACUUGAGUAUAGGCCUCGCAGCUCGCUGCAUCCCUUACUUAGCAUUGUAGCUCAACCGUACCCCGGACGAAGGGUUUGCAAUCGCCGCCUUCUCGAGUUGCUUGCAUACUGACGGUCAUGCAGGUGAUUUCAUCAAAACAAAAACAACGUCGAGCUUUUCUAGAUUGCGUUGUGAAGUUGUGAACGCGAUCAUCAUCUCCAUGAUGCUUCGACUACUUCCUCUGGAGCUGCUGGAGAUCAUAGUCUCUUUUUUGCAUGGAAGCAAGACGGAUCUCAAAGCCUGUUCCCUUGUGCACUCGUCUUGGCUUGAGAUCAGUCGCAAACGUCUCUUUAGUUCAAUUCGCUGGACAGUAUCGCUCUACGAGUGCUCAAACUGUUCCGACAGAUUACUUCCUGCACUCUUAGGUUCCCUUUCCAAGUUUGUCACUUACGUGAAGCAACUCACUAUCAUAGGAAACGGACUCGAUGACAACAUGCCUAGACUGCCGAUCUCUCUCCUCAUCAUCGUAGUACAGAAACUACCCGCACUGCGUAUUCUGAGACUCGACAAGAUCAUCCUGCCGCUUGACUUUUUCCAUGACGGGGCCGAGAACCUAGUGUUAAGAUCUCUCCGCACGCUUAUCAUGGGCGGCGACGUGUUUUUGGAUCUCGAUGUCAACCAUAAGACGACCCUAAACACCUUCACGCUUUUCCCAGCUCUUUUUGAGCUUCGGUUUGAAGACAUUAUAUGGGUUCAUUCAAAUGAGUGGAGACCCAACCUGGACAUACUACCGAACCUGCAAAAACUAGCAUUUUCUUUUGGAUCCUCCGACAACUCACCAGUCCCGUUCUUGGAUAUGGUCGCAGCGUUGGUUCCGAGUCAUGGACUACGCGAGAUUUAUACAGAAUAUGUUCCUGCUGAGGGUUGUCAAUGUGUUGCUGAUAUCCUCCAGAGAUCUCGUGACAGCGUGAAGCAUUUGAUGCUACGGGUUGACGAGUUCGAACCUUGGACUCCUGUAAAGUGGAUGACCAUCGGCCAACAACUUUCUCAAUUGACUUCUCUUCAAACAUUCUCAACUGUGGUCACACUCUGCCACUGGUAUCUGCCUGAGGAGCUCGACCUUUCUUGGGACGAUCCGCUUUCCCUGAUUUCCCUCAUUCCGAUUUCUACGAAGAAUGUUAUUGUGGUGCUCGAGCACUAUAAACAAUUCGAUGUAGACCCACUACCGUGGCAUCGGAUCGGGUCUGCGCUGCAGCAUGUUUCGUCUCUGCGGCAGUUGGUCCUCAUUGUGGGAGAAAUAUCGGUGAAAGAAGGAGAUUACUACUGGGAGGAGCUCUCGGACGCUGUAGGACCAAGAGAUCUGCGGCGUUUUGUGACUUUGGGCAGAAAUACAAGCGAUGAAGACUCGAUGCCUAUGUUAAUCACGAAGAAAUGGUGUUGAUCUCCACUCAGCCAUUCGCGCCGAAUGCUCGAAACUGCACCUGUACCUCUCUAUUUCACUUCCACGUGUGGUUCGCCCCCUUCAUGAAUGCAUCUGGUCAAGCAUUCUGCCGGUUAGAAAGCUUGAUCUUAAUCAGUUUUCUUAUAAAGUUGCGCUCUGCAUGUUACGCUUCAAGUUUCAAUUCUAGCAUGUUUCCAAAUUCUUC